GGCCACCAUGAGCCUGGUGCUGGAGGCGUUGCUGGUCCCCCCGGGGGGGCUCCGCAAGGAGCCCUCUCGCCUCGCUCCGCGCUCCGCCACCUCUUCCAGCGGCUUCCACUCAUGGUCGGGACCCCCGGGCCCGGCGGGGCGAGCGCGGGGCGGCGGCGGGGGAAGCGCAGCCGCUUCCUCCACCGAGAGCCUGGACUCGCUGAACGGCGAACCGCGGGCGCGUAACGAGAAGGAGCUGCUGCAGGUCCUCAACGACCGCUUCGCCGGUUAUAUCGAGAGGGUGCGGGCGCUGGAGCAGCAGAACCGGGCGCUGGCGGCAGAGGCGGCGGCGCUGCGGCAGCAGCAGGCGGGGCGCUCGGCCAUGGGCGAGCUGUACGCCCGGGAGCUGCGCGACAUGCGGGGGGCCCUGGUGCGCCUGGGGGCCGAGAAGGGGCAGCUGCGGCUGGAGAGGGCCCGCCUGGCAGAGGACGUGGCCGCGCUGCGGGGCAGGCUGGAGGAGGAGGCGCGACAGCGCGCCGAGCUGGAGGCGGCGGCCCGCGGGCUGGCCCAGCGCUCUGCGCAGGAGGAAAGGGCCCGGGGGCCUCUGGCGGAGCGAGCCCGAGCGCUGCGGGAGGAAGCGGAGCUGCUGCGGAAACAGCACCAGGACGAGGUGGGCGCGCUGCUGCGCGGUGCCCGUGCCGAGCUGCCUGCUGAGCCCCCCGCCUCGCUGAGGCCCGGGGUCACCGCAGCGCUGCGCGACCUGCGGGAGCAGCUGGAGGGCACGGCGGCACGCAGCACUCUGCAGGCCGAGGAGUGGUUCCGCGUGAGGCUGGACAAGCUCUCUGAAGUUGCCAAGGUGAACACAGACGCCAUGCGCGUGGCUCAGGAGGAGAUCUCUGAGUACCGCCGUCAGCUCCAGUCCAAGACCACUGAGCUCGAAGCCCUCAAAGGGACACAGGAGUCACUGGAGAGGCAGAGGCAGGACUCGGAGGAACGCCAUCAUGCAGAUGUCCUCUCCUAUCAGGAAACCAUCCAGCAGCUUGACAAUGAGCUGAGAAACACCAAGUGGGAGAUGGCAGCUCAGCUCCGCGAAUACCAGGAUCUGCUCAACGUCAAAAUGGCCCUGGACAUUGAAAUUGCUGCCUAUAGAAAGCUCUUGGAAGGGGAGGAGUAUAGGAUUGAGACCAGCUUUGGAAUGGUCUCCUACCCUGAAGUGAUCCCCAAGGCUCCCAGCAUCGCCACCAACAUCAAGGUAAAGAGCGAGGAGAAAAUCAAGGUGGUGGAGAAAUCUGAGAAGGAGACAGUGAUUGUGGAGGAGCAGACAGAGGAAAUCCAAGUGACUGAGGAGGUGACUGAGGAGGAGGAGGCUGAGAAGGAAGCUGAAGAGGAGAAGGAAGAGGAGAAAGCUAAACCAGAGGGUGAAGAAGAAGCCAAGUCUCCUGCAAAAGAUAAGGCCAAAUCCCCAGAGAAACCUGAGUCCCCUACAAAGGAGGAAGCCAAGUCCCCAGCAGUCAAGUCCCCUGAAAAGCCCUCAAGCCCCUCAAAGGAAGAAGCCAAGUCCCCAGCAAUCAAAUCCCCUGAAAAGCCCUCAAGCCCCUCAAAGGAGGAGGCCAAGUCCCCAGCAGUCAAGUCCCCAGAAAAGCCUUCAAGCCCCUCAAAGGAGGAGGCCAAGAGCCCACCUGUCAAGUCUCCAGAGAAACCCACGACCCCAGCUGUCAAAUCCCCAGAAAAACCCCCAGUGCCCUCAAAAGAGGAGGCCAAGAGCCCACCUGCCAAAUCCCCAGAAAAACCUGCAACACCCUUAAAAGAGGAGGCAAAGACUCCAACUGUGAAGUCCCCAGAAAAGCCACCAAGCCCUACAAAGGAGGAGAUCAAGCCUCCAUCUGUUAAAUCCCCAGAAAAGCCACCAACCCCCUUGAAGGAGGAGGCGAAGAGCCCAGCUGUUAAGUCCCCAGAGAAACCUGCAACCCCCUCAAAAGAGGAGGCCAAGUCCCCAGCUGUCAAGUCUCCGGAAAAGCCUGCAACCCCUUCAAAGGAGGAAGCCAAGACCCCAGCAGUCAAAUCCCCAGAGAAACCCACACCCCCUUCAAAAGAGGAGGCCAAGACCCCAGCUGCCAAAUCCCCAGAGAAACCCAUGUCUCCCUCAAAGGAGGAGGCCAAGACCCCAACUGUAAAGUCCCCAGAAAAAGCCAAAUCUCCACUGAAGGAGGAAGCCAAGUCCCCGCAGAAGGAAGUGGCCCCAGCCAAGGAGCCUGUCCCCUCCCCUCCAAAGGAGCCCAAGGCCCCUGCAAAGGAAGAGCAGCCAAAGGAGGAGAAGGCUUCCCCCAAGCCUGCAGCGGAGGGCAGGAAGGAUGAGGCUCCCAAGAAGGAUGCCCCAGCCAAGGCAGAGGAGAAGCCCAAAGAGAAGGCAGCUGCCGGGCCUCCUGCCACACAGGUGAAGGAGACCAAGGCCGCCUCCAAACCUGCAGAAGAAGGGAAAGCUGAGAAGGAUGCUCAACCAAAGCCUCAGCAGGAGGCUGGCAAAGCAGCUGUGAAGGAGCCAGAGAAGCCUAAGGCUGAGGAAAAGGCGGAGGAACCAAAGAAAACGGUGGAGGAACCAAAGAAGGUGGAAGACCCCAAAUCAAAACCCAAAGACGACUCCAAAGCCAGUAAAGAGCCUCCCAAAGCUGAGAAGCCCCCCAGCAAGGAGGGCAAAGCCCCAGAGCCGGCACCCGCUGCAGGAAAGAAAUGAGCGGAGCUCCUCCGGGAGCUGGAGCUGCUCCGCUCCCCUCCGAAGGGUGAGACGGGGACGGUCCCCACCCCGGGUCCCCCCCAGCCAGGCCUUACCUUAGCAAUAUGUUUGUGAGAGACACAGCCCCUCGCUGCCCCACGCCAGUGGUAUGUUCCGAUCGCUUCAGUAGCAGAAUGUGAUCCAUGCAGAGCGCCACAUUUAACACUUGAGUUCUAACGAGGAAAACAGACCCCGGGGGAACCGACUGCCCUUCUCCAAUAAGUGCAUUUAUUUAUUGUAUGUGCAAUCGAUGGACAAGUGCAACUCAGAGCUCUAGCUGCUUGGGAGGUGUGCCGUGGGCUGGCUGGCAGAGUCCUGCCCUCGCUGGGGUGACGAGUGGCCCUCCGGGUAGCAGCCCCAGCUGUAGCUGGCUUUGGGGAAGCGGUUAGGCACUGCAGGAAUGCCCACGUAAAUACAACAUGCACUAGAAAACUCGAGCCCACUGUCAAUUGCUUAUGUGCAAUAACCAAAUAAAGUGCUUACAGAGACA